CUCACGAGUUCAUUUCAAAACUCACCGUCUAGUGCGGAACCACCUCCUCAAACAACAACUCCAAGCAUCCAGCUACCCCUCCCAGUCAGCUGACUACCCUCUCCUAUCGAGCAUGACGCGCUUCCGAGUUCUCGUGCUUCUCUCGGCCCUUUGUUUGCUUCGAGUUGACGCUCUCAGUCUGCGUUCGCUGGUCGAGAACCCAUUUCUACCGCAGCCGGCGCAUCGUCGCCUGGCUUCGUGCCCGCUAACUUCCGGUGUCGACUACCUCGGCAACGAUAUCAAGUACGUCUCGAGCGUGAAGGUGACGGACUGCUGCACGUUGUGCUCGCAAACAUCCGGCUGCGGUGCCUUCACGUGGACUGACCAUCAGGGUGGAACCUGCUGGCUCAAGAGUGCCAAAGGCAACACUGCUGCUAACGCAGCGGCUACAUCAGCGGUUCUUGUGGAGGACUCAGCCCCAUGCACGCUCAAGGACGGCUACGACUAUCAAGGCAACGACAUCGCCAACGUACAGAGCAAUAACGCUGGUGCAUGCUGCUCAAUCUGCUCAUCGUGGCCAGGCUGCAAAGCCUUCACCUGGACCAACCAAAAUAGUGGCACUUGCUGGCUCAAGAGCAAGAAGGGCUCGGAGGUCCCAAAGGCUGGCGCAAAGUCGGCUGAGGUCCAGACCACGGUAAGUGAAUGUAAGGCGUUCCAGUAUGAUCUCGACUAUAUCAACUACGACAUCGGCAACGCUCCAGGCAAAGCCUACAGCGAUUGCUGCAGCAUUUGCCACAACUGGAACGGCUGUCGCUCGUUCUCGUGGAGCAACGCCAACGGUGGUACGUGCUGGCUCAAGAGUGCCAAAGGACAGACGCAGUACAAGGUGGGCGUCGUGUCGAGUCAAAUGUUGGACAACCCGCUACCAUGCGAGCUUGAGGCGAACAAGGAUUACGUGGGCAACGACAUCGACAACGUUCCGGAAAGUAAGCCGGCAGACUGCUGCGAUAAGUGCCGCGCGAGGACCGGCUGCCGCGCCUUCACGUGGAGCAACCACAACACCGGCACCUGUUGGCUUAAGAGCGGCAAGGGAUCGACCGUCACCAAGAGUGGCGUCACGUCGGCUGUCGUCUUCUAGGCCGCGACCUAAUUUUCAUGCUCUCGCACGGCAAUCCUUCACUUCACGCGUUGUCAUUCUUUCUUUCUCCAGCCGUGCCAACUCCAUUCUCGUUUGUCGAGUCGACUUUGAAGUCCUCCGAUUGCGCUUCUCCUAACAACAUAAAAGUAAACACAUGCUUAUAUUUUCCA